CUGGCACCUCAUGUAAGCGCGCGCGUUCGCAGGACAACUUUGAAUUACGGAAACGAGUGAAGCGAAACUCGGUGAACUGUUUACAUUCGGCAAAACACGAAAAGACKUGUCACCAUGCUUCAGGACGUUAUGGACACGGGAGAGUCGAUGGUCAAAAUACUGAAAAGCAGCAARGCUGACGAUGAAUUAAGAAAAGUGAGAGAAAAACAGCAGUGUUUCUUUGAGCGACACUUGGACACGAAGAAAACCAUCACACUGGUGUUAAACGGUGUAGUUCAGUGUGAGGAUGAGGCGAGCCAGAAGCUGCUGGACAUGGAGGGGCAGAAGAGCCAGGCAGAGCGGGAACUGAACAGCCUGGAGCAGGAGCUGCAGCAGUGUACAGCAAGGAGCCAGAACAUGGACUCAGAACUACAGUUCCUGCAGAGGGAGCUGGAGAGUCUGCGUGACUCGGAUCAGGAGCUGCAGACCCUGCAGCAGGAGGUUGAUGAUGACACUACAGAGGUCAUCCCAUCAGCCAUAUACGUGGCCCAGUUGUACCACAAGGUGACCAAGAUCAAGUGGGAGUAUGACACGGAGCCACACAUUCUGAGAGGAGUGCACUAUGGAGCUGACCUGGCCACGCCAAUCAACAUAGACACCUCUGUGCGGUCUCGGUGUUCAGUCAGUGAUGAGCUGUGGAACUUUGUCAGCACUGAAUGGUAGAAGAGAUCAAAGUAAAGUUGCCAUAUCUGUCCAGUAGUUGUUUGUCCUGUAGUUGGAUUGUCUGUUGUGUUGUGUGUUGUAAUACAUUUGUUUUAUACUAAGAUUGUAUUCCUAUUGUUGGUAUUGACUUGCAUGACAUUUUGUUAUAUUGAAUAAAGCAGUUUUCCUAAGCAUCA